AGUAGCUGUGGUUGCUAUGAGACCUCAGUGAAGACUUUCGUUUUCCUUUCCGGUGUGGACGCGGAGCUGGAACCGACAGAUGGGGGAAGAUGGCCGGCUUGGAGGCGCUGUUCACUUGUGUCGCAGGUCAAAUCGAGUGUCCGCAGGACGCCGUCGUGUGCUUCGUUCACUGGGAGAUGAUAAAGAAUGGCUACCGGUGCAUCGGGUCUGGAGACGAGCCCAGCAGUCGGGAUAAAAAGUCAGAGCUGCUUCCUGCUGACUGGAGCAGCAACAAGGAGCUGUACAGCCUGCGUUACAAAACCAGCGGCGCGGACACUGAGAUGGUCCUGAAGGCCAUCGCUGUGGACUCCACGCUCAUCUUCAACCUAAUGAACUCCGGCACCAAGCAGGUUUCAGACCUGAUGGUGAACGUCAGCGAAUACGUCAACGCCGAUCAGCUGACCACGUUUGACAGCGUGUUCAGAGACGCAGACGGUUUGUCUGAGAAGGUGAAGGCUCAGCUGCUGCCCGCCCAGAGAAAGCACGAACGCAGCAGACGGGAGGAGGGCGAGUCGUCUCAGAGGAGGAGGGAGGAAGACGGAGACCCCCUGCGGAUGCCCUGCAGACACCCCGCCACGGCGCAGCCUCACUGGCCCGACCCGCUGAAUCCUCCAUUCGCAGCCGGAGGAGCAGAUCUGGAUCCGUUUGGGUCAGCGGGUGGGGGCGGGAUGAUCGUGGACCCUCUGAGGUCCGGGUUCCCUCGCUCCGGCUUCGACCCGUCCAGCGGGAUCCCAGACAUCCUGCCUCCUGGAGCCGUCCCCCCGGGGGCCCGCUUCGACCCGUUUGGACCCGUGGGACGCCACAGACCGGGGCCCGACCCCGACCACAUGCCGCCGCCCGGAUACGACGACAUGUUCAUGUAGCGCUCGGCGCCGGUUCCUGCUUCUGUUGCUCCUGCUCACACCGCAGAACCGGGUCCGGUCCAGUUCUGGUUCCGGUCCAGAACCACCACGGAUGGUCCAAUGACAGGAGGGGUUCUCUGAAAACGACAAAUAAAAUAUUCACUCAGA